AUGACACGCGUCGGGCUCUCCACCGAGUUCUUGACUGUCUUGGCUAUUUCUGUGGUCGGCCACACUCAAACAUGUACAGUGUUUUUGUUUCUGCUUCGACUCCAAUUCAUCGUUCCCAUGGGUCAUCCGUUAAAAGUGAAACCUGCGUUGAAAUAUGCGUUCUUUUUAUUGCUGAAUAUCGCUCCUUACUUACAUUGCAUGUGGUUUUUGCCAGUCGUCUUUAAUCAUGCCAAUAAACAAGCUACCAAUGACUAUUAUCGACAGAAAUACCCUGAGUUGCUCCAAUUCAUCGAAUUAGACAAUUUCUUGGCCUCUCUUCCGGAAAUGAAUUCCUUCAUUCUCAACAAUAUUUGCAGUUUUUGCGGCUAUCUGUGGCACAUUGAUGAUCAGUUUAUCUUGUCUCUGCUUCUACUUUCUUCGCAUUCAAAACCCACUCAUUGGUGCAUUUUCCUUUUCUUCGGUGGC